AUGGCUUCUUCCGAAGAACCCAAGUUCGAGGGCUGGGUCGCCCUGGACAAGGACUCGGCCGAGGGCAAGAUGGUCUGGCAGAGCUACGACGUGAAGCCGUGGGAGGAGACAGACAUUGACAUUAAAAUCUCACACUGCGGCAUCUGCGGCACGGACCUGCACAAGCUUCGAUCCGGCUGGGGCCCAACCGCAUACCCCGUCGUCGUCGGCCACGAAAUCGUCGGCACCGCCGUCCGCGUGGGCUCCGUCGCCGCCCAGCAGACGGGCAUCAAGGUCGGCGACCGCGUCGGCGUCGGCGCGCAGAACGACUCGUGCCAGUGCCGCAAGCCCCCGGAGACGGUCGAGGACCACUCCGACUGCGAGGCCUGCGCCUCGGGCAACGAGGUCUACUGCCCGCGCAUGGUGACCACGUACGGCGCGCAGUACCUCACCAGGGCCGGCGGCAAGAGCAUGGGCGGCUACGCGCGCUUCCACCGCUGCCCGGCCAAGUUCGCCUUCAAGAUCCCCGACGGCCUGCCGAGCGAGCACGCGGCGCCGAUGAUGUGCGCGGGCGUGACGGUGUUCUCGCCGCUGGCGCACUUUGGGAACAGGGGCGAGGGCCCGCUAGACCAGAGGCUCAGGGGCAUGUCCGUGGGCGUGCUGGGCGUCGGCGGCCUGGGCCACUUUGGCAUUCUCUUUGCAAAGGCCAUGGGCGCGGAGCGCAUCGUGGCCGUCUCGCGCCGCGCCAACAAGCGCGACGACGCCCUGGCCCUGGGCGCGGACGACUACAUCGCCACGGCCGAGGACGAGGACUGGGCCAAGAGGCACGCCCGCUCGCUCGACCUCAUCAUCUGCUCCAUCUCGAGCUCCAACAUGCCGCUGACGGAGUACAUUGGCCUGCUGAAGCGCGACGGCGUCUUCGUCCAGCUGGGCCUGCCCGACGACGGCCAGUUCAAGAUUGGGGCCGCCACCAUCUGCUCGGGCCGCCGGAGCUUGACGGGCAGCUUCAUGGGGUCGCCGCAUGAGAUCCGCGAGAUGCUGCAGCUUGCGGCGGACAAGGGGAUCAAGCCGUGGGUGGAGCAGUGGCCGAUGAGCGAGGCGAACCGGGCCAUUGUUGAUAUGGAUGCGGGCAAGGCAAAGUAUCGGUACGUCUUGGUGAAUAACGAUUAG